UGUGUGUGUGUGUGUGUGUGUGUGUGUGUGUGUGUUUCAGAGAGACACUGGCAGGGGACCAAGGAGCCGGUGGUGAUUCUGCUGGGCUGGGCUGGAUGCAAAGACAAGCACCUCUCCAAGUACAGCUCCAUCUACAACGAGCAGGGAUGUGUCACCAUCCGCUACACAGCCCCCCUGAAGACGGUCUUCAUCUCCGAGUCGUUUGGCUACAAGGAGCUGAGCAGCACUGCCCUGAGGCUGCUGGAGAUCCUCUUUGACUACGAGGUGGAGAACAGUCCGGUUUUCUUUCACAUAUUCAGCAACGGCGGCUUCAUGUUGUACCGGUACAUUGUCGAGUUGUUGCACAGCGACAAACAGUUCAGUUCCCUGUGUGUGAUCGGGGCUGUGGUGGACAGCGCCCCAGGUAGUGGGAAUGUCCGAGGGGCCCUGCGCGCAUUGACGGCCACCUUAGGGCCCAAAAUAAGUCCUGUUCUGCGGUACGUCCUCUUAGCGCUUUUUGCAGUGACUGUUUUCCUCUUGCGAGUCGUGCUCUACCCGAUGACUAAGUACAUCCACAAGAACCACUACGACGCCGUGCAGGAGAAGCCGCCCGCCUGGCCUCAUUUCUACCUGUACUCCAGAGGCGACCAAGUGAUCAGGCACAGGGACAUCGAGCUCUUCGUGGAAACCGUGAAGCAGAAAGGUGUCCCUGUGGACAGUUUUGAUUUUGUCUCCAGUCCGCACGUCGGUCACUUACGGGAUUUUCCUGAGCAGUACGCUCUCAAGUGUCGAGGUUUUUUGGCCACUUGCAUGAAGGACUCAGAAGGGAUCGAGAUGAAGAAGAGAUACCGGGUUCAAAAUCAAUGAACCCUCACAGGAGUUUGCUAAACCAUCUCUUAAACUGUCUUCAACAGUCUAAACUAAUUUCUUCGCGGUGGUUCUGUAAAAUCUGCUCAGGAAUGAGUCUGAAGUUUUGUUUAAAGGCGGCUGGAGUUUGAUCUGAGCUCAUAUCGGAUCUUGGCACGGUUCUCUGUCCUGGAGCACAUAAUGGGAAGGUUCCUCGGAUGUGGUCUCGCUCUGUUGGGCUUUAUCCACAUCUGAAAAAAACAGCCUUAUGAAACACUGUCAUUUGGCACAAAGUUUUAACCCUUUCUACUCAACUGUCAUGCACCACAUGUAAAAAUAACAAUACAAACGUAAUUUCUAUACACUGGAAAAUUGGGACUCAAAUAA